AUGCAAGGAGCAUUAAAUAUCGAGCUCGAUUAUUUAUCAACACCUCCUCAACCUAACGAAUUACAACAUGAACAACAAUCACAUGACCAGCAUGAAGGACAACAAAGUAACAACCUCGUCGACACAUUCGCAAUAACAAUCCCUCCGCCAACAUACUUAUCCAGAGAUUGUAUAUUCAAUGCGGACGCUGACACCCUCGAAACAUCACCGCCAGCCUAUCACACGUUAUUCUCAAUUUUUUAUUAUCCCAUCACUGGAAUAGUGGUUAACAAUAAUAUUAACCCCAACAAUCCACUUACAUCUACUAUGCAACACAUGAUUUGGUGUUAUUGCUGUAGAAAACGAGUUCCAAUUAGAGUCAAAAAAGACCAUUUUUUGAUACGAUUUUUUGCUAUAUUUAUGCUGGUUAUAUUUUUUGGACCAUUUUUUUGGAUACCAUUACGACAUUUUCACUCUACAUCUAUUUACUGCUCAAAGUGUCAACAUUGGAUUCGCCAUUUCACGAAGGAAGAUAAAAUUGAACAACAGCGAAUACAGAGGCAGAUCAGGGAACAGCAACGACAAACGUUGCAACAAAGUCAGAUAAGGCACAAUAAUUAA